CAUUUGGACGUCUAAAGUGACUAAACGAUUAAAAUAGGGAAGUUGGAGUAUUGUAUAGAAAAGUAUUAAUUUAAUAAUAUUUUGAUUUAAAUUAUACAAAAAGUGUUACAAAUUGAGUUUAAAGUGUGAAUUUAAAAUUAUUUAAAGCAAAAUUAAGUAAAAAUGUUGAAAUUAAACGUUGGCCUUUGUGCCAUUGUUUUUGUUGUUUUCGGGGCAUUUGUUGUAAGUGCAACGCCAUUACUUGGUGGAACCAAAUGCACUUGGGGCCCGAGCUAUUGGUGUAGCAAUCUCACUAAUGCUAAAGGGUGUAAUGCUGUACGCCACUGCAUCCAAACUGUAUGGGAGAAGCAAUCUGUACCUGUUGAUAAUGAUUCCAUCUGUCAGAUUUGCAAAGAUAUGGUUCAACAAGCACGUGAUCAGCUACGUAGUAAUGAAACCAUGGAAGAGUUAAAGGAAGUUUUUGAAGGAUCGUGCAAUCUAAUACCUCUCAAGGUAGUGAAGAAAUCAUGUUGCAAAUUAGCUGAUGAUUUUAUACCCGAAUUAGUUGAAGCACUUUCGUCACAAAUGGAUCCAAACCAAGUUUGUACAGUUGCUGGACUCUGUAAUAAUGCGGAAAUUGAUAAGAUUCUGCAGAGUUCCUAUGCUGCAGCUUUAGAUGGCACACUGGAAGAGAAGGAUGUUGUAGUUGAACCAGUAAAAGAAAAGAAGGAAAUUGCCACAAUUACCAGUCCAAAGGAAUAUAAACUAACUUGCAACAAUUGCAAUCAUAUUGGUACACUCAUUACAAAUAAAUUCAAUGCAGUUAAUCGUGAUGAAAUGUUGGAAAAUAUAUUACGUCUCUGCGGUGAAAUGUCUUCAUUUUCUGAUGCCUGCGCGAAUAUUGUAAUCACUUAUUUCAAUGAUAUUUACGCUAAACUGAAGACUAAUCUGAACGCAGAAGGAAUUUGUCAUUUGUCUGCAGCUUGUGUAAGUAAAUAUCAUAAACACGCAGAAGAUCCAAAAGAAGAAGUAGAUACCGCUGUACUCGCCUCUGUUAUUGGUGAUGAUAUACCAUGUCAAUUGUGCGAACAACUAAUGAACCAUUUGCGCGAUGUACUUAUUGCCAAUACAACUGAAUCUGAGUUCAAACAAGUACUUGAAGGACUUUGCAGACAGACUCAAGGUUUUAAGCAAGAAUGUUUAAGCAUUGUUGACCAGUAUUACGAUGUAAUUUAUAAGACUUUGGUUGAUAAAAUGGAUGCAAAUGGAGCAUGCUUUUUGAUUGGUGUUUGUCCAAAAGGAAACUUUUCGGAAUAUAAAGGAGAAAUAAGACCAUUGUUGCCAGUUGUAGAACCUGCUCAAAUUAAAGUUACUAUACGCAAAUUGGGUGCUAACGAACCUAAAUUCACACAGGAACAAAUACAUAGUAUGGCUUUACCUAUUGAUCAUUUAAUGGGUGCUGCAAAUCCCGGUUUGUUGGUUGAAAAUGGAGAAUUGUGUACACUAUGUGAAUAUAUGUUACAUUUUAUACAGGAAGCAUUAGCUACACCUUCAACUGAGGAUGAAAUUAAACGCGAGGUUAACACAGUUUGCAACAAGCUUCCAACAGGCAUACGUGGACAAUGCCAUAACUUUAUUGACAUGUAUGGUGAUGCAGUCAUUGCAUUGUUGAUACAAGGUCUAGACCCACGUGAGGUAUGCCCUAAAAUGCAAAUGUGUCCACCAAAUCUAGAAAACCAUGAUGAUAUGGAGGUGUUUGACCCAGCACCUGUAGAUAGUAGUGACAAACCAACUUGUCCAUUCUGUUUGUUUGCCAUAAAAGAAGCACAGGAAAAAAUUAAAGAAGAUAAAUCAAAAACUAACAUCAAAAAUGUUCUGGAUCAUUUGUGCGUACAUUUGCCAAAUAAACUUCAAGCCGAAUGCAUUGAUUUUGUACAAACGUACACAAACGAAUUAGUUGAUAUGUUAAUAACCGAUUUUAAACCACAAGAGAUUUGUGUUUCCCUUAAAUUGUGCACAGAUAAUAAUACAUUUUUGGAAGAUAUGGGCAUAAGUCUUGAUGAUGAAUCUAGUAACGAAGAUGAAAACUCCUCUGAUUCAAACGAAAUUAAUAAUAGCGAGGAAAUGCCUAUUGAAAUAGUGUUCGAACGUAAUGAUGAAACUGUUUCGCCAAAUUGUUGGUUAUGUGAAGAGAUGAUUAAGAAUGCUGAAAAGAAAAUGAAAAAGCAUCCAACAAAGGCUGACAUUGAAGCGGCACUACAACAAUCUUGCAAUAAGUUGCGUAAAAAAAUACAAAACAAAUGCCAUACGUACAUUGAUAAAUACGGUGAUAAAAUCGCUACGCUCAUAUUAAAAGAAAUGGAACCAAAAAUGAUUUGUCGUGAAUUAGGUUUAUGUUUAUGGAGUGAACAAGAGGAUCUGGAAAUUGAUGAAGCAUUAAAAUAUGAUGUAGUUGCUCUUCCAAAACGUAAUGUUAUCUUAACGCCAUCUGAACGUUUUACUGCUCUUGAACCAACUGGUAUCAUAAAAGAACCUCCAACUUGUGUAUUGUGUGAAUUUGUUAUGGCUAAACUUGAAGUGGAAUUGAAGAACAAAACUACACAAGAAGAAAUAAAACAUACAAUUGAGAAUAUUUGCAAUCAUAUGCCAAAAACAGUUGCCAAAAGUUGUGAUAAAUUUGUCGAUCAAUAUGCUAAUGCAAUUAUCACAUUGAUUGGUACAGUACCUCCAAAAGAAAUUUGUCAAAAAAUACAAUUAUGUUUUGCAAAUAUGGAUAAAGUUGUAAAUGAUGAAGUAAUCGAAUGUGGCGUUUGUCAUGGUGCUGUUAUGACAUUAUCACCAUAUUUGAAACAACAUUUGGAUUUAGCUAAUUUGAGUGCACAGGAUAUGACAACUGCUGCUUGCGGCAGUUUACCAGCAAAAUAUUAUCAAAUUUGCUCCGAGAUGAUGGAUAUUUAUGGCAUUAGUAUGAUGCAUUUGUUCGAGAAAGAUGAUGUUGAGGAAUCACACAUCUGUGCAGAAAUCGGCAAAUGCUUUAAUCAUGAAGAGUCGAGCUUGGCAUUUGCCAAAAUUUCAGCUUAAACAAAUCGACAUCGAGAUACUGUAAACAAAUAAAAUAAACUGAUUGAAAUAAUGUGAUGAAAAUUCCUCUUGCACUUUAAAGAAUUACUAUUCUUUCUUCUCCAAAUUAUUUUAACAUUUGUAUAUUUUUAUUCAUAUAUUCAAAAUAAUUUUAAACUUUGAUUUUUGCUUUCAAUUCUUAACUAAUAUAAACUACUAGUGCAUUCUUAAUAUAUCUAUCACAUAUUAUAAUUUUAAGAAAAUAACAAUAUAAGCGUAAAGAAAUAGAAUGAAUUGUUGUAGGGUGGGCUUGUUGAAUGUAUUAUUUAAAGAACAGUUUAAAAAAUAAGAAUUGUUUAAAGAAUUCGUUAAAAUUAAGUAAACAAAAUAUUUUUAUAAAAAUUGUGUAUUUUUUAACUAUAAAGGAAUGAUUAGAUUAUAAAGAAUCCUAACAAAUGUAACAAGUAUGCGUUAUAUAAAUUAAAAAAAUUUAUUGAUGAAUUGUUUUGAUUAGAUUAGCUUAAACUGAA